AUGCCUUCACGAAGAUCUGUUAGAGGUCCUCCUGCUAGAAGGAAUGUCGAGGAGCAAGGGGUAACUAAUGCACCUGAAGUGCAACCCCAAGGAGAAGUCAUGAAUACUGAGUUCAGGGAAGCGAUUCGGAUGUUAAGCCAAUGGAAAAAGGGUAGAGCUGAGGGAGCACCACCUGUGAGUUGGGCUUGCUUUGAGGAGGCCUUUUUGGGGCGUUUCUUUUCCCGAGAACUGAGAGAGGCCAAGAUGGUUGUGGAUAUGAGAAACUGGAUAAGUCUUUUUGUUGCUGGGUUGUCCCAUCUGUCAAGCAAAGAGGGAAAGGCAGCCAUGCUAAUUAGGGACAUGGAUAUAGCAAGGUUAAUGGUCUAUGUGCAACAGGUUGAAGAGGAGAAGUUGAGGGAUAGGGAGGAAUUCAGAAAUAAGAAGGCUAAGACAUCAGGGAAUGAGUCAGAGCAACAAAGAAAUAAUGUGAACCAGUGCACUAGCAAAUGA